CUUGGGGAGCGAACGCGAGAGGAGCGCGGAGCUUUCGCACGGCAGAGGCGGGGAAGCGCGCAAGGGGCUGUCCCCACGUGCCGCUGACGCUGCCGUUCGGUACCGCCGGACCGAUCCCGGGCUAUAAAGCCGGGCAGGCAGAGCUCGAGCGGGCGCCACUGGCUGCGGACGGCGCUGGCUCCGGGGGCGAGGAGAGUGAGCCGGGCGCUCCCGCUUCCUCCCAGAGCCCGGCGAGAGACCCCGGCGAGCCGCUCCUCCUUUUUGGCUCGCGCCCCAGGACUCGCUAACUAACUGCGCGGCAUUUCUCACUCCAGCCUCGGAUCCGCGCGGCCGGCACCGGGGAGCAGAAGCCGGUCUCUCCUGUUGCAGCUCCUACCUGCCUUGCCUUUUUCGCUUCUCCGGGGGAGCCUCCAGGCGAAGGUAAGCGGGACUUUGGUCUCCCAGCCCCAGGGCUUUGACCGGCUUUUUGAGGAGCCCCUCCCUUCCAGGCUGGACUUGCUUGAGAGUUUGAGGAAAAUGCGGAAGGCGGGAUCAGCUUCGCCCCGCCAAGCUGCCGGGAGAUGAGCUAGCUGGGCAGCGGAGAGCACCGCAGACUGCGCGCUUCGCUGGCCGGAGGAAGACCCGGCGACCACGGAAUCGGAGCCGAUUCCUUCCCCUUUAUAUGGUUGCUGCGCCUCUCGUCAGCUGUAGCAAAGGGGGACUAUGGAAGCUGGAGGCAGCCGCUGGGACUGCUGAUUGGAUUAAGACUUCUCGCUGCCCUCCAGGAUCAGACUUGCUAGAUCCACCCAGACUCCCCCCCCUUCUCCUCCUGGCAGGGUGUGUGUUAGGGUCACAUACACCAACAGACUACAGAGCUCAGGUUGAUGUUUAACCUAGAGAUCCCGUUCACUGAGAGGGGGGGAUUCGCUUCCCUGGCGCACCUGCACCCCCAGCACAUGGAUGGCAACGGGAGCCUGAACGGGAGCGAUGGUGGGGAGAAAGAAGGCCUCCCUUAUCCCUUGUACACCACCUUGGCCCUUAUCACCCUUGCCACGCUGCUCAUGCUCUUCACUGUCUUUGGCAACGUCUUGGUCAUCAUUGCCAUUUUCACUAGCCGGGCCCUCAAGGCCCCUCAGAACCUCUUCCUGGUCUCCUUGGCCUCAGCCGACAUCCUGGUGGCCACGCUGGUUAUCCCCUUCUCUCUGGCCAAUGAAGUGAUGGACCACUGGUACUUUGGCAAAGUGUGGUGCGAGAUCUACCUGGCCUUAGAUGUGCUAUUCUGCACCUCUUCCAUUGUACAUCUCUGCGCUAUCAGCCUAGAUCGCUACUGGUCAAUCACCCAGGCCAUUCAGUACAACCUCAAGCGCACACCCCGCCGCAUCAAAAGCAUCAUUUUCCUCGUCUGGGUCAUUUCGGCCGUCAUCUCUUUCCCACCGCUCAUCUCCAUCAUGAAGCAGGGUGAUCCUGACAGCCAGCAAGCCAAGCUGAAGCCAGAGAGCAAGGCACCCAGUUGCAGCAUCAACAAAGAGACGUGGUACAUCAUCUCUUCUUGCAUUGGCUCGUUUUUUGCUCCCUGCCUCAUCAUGAUCCUGGUCUAUGUCCGUAUCUACCAGAUUGCAAAGAGGAGGACUCGGGUGCCUCCUGGCCAGAGAAGGGAGGCCGCAGAGAGGAGGCAGAACGGGCUGGCAGAUAAGGAGGGCACGCCUGCAAUGACCAAGCUGAAUGGGGAGAAGGCAGCAGUGGCAGGAGGAAGCCAGGAAAGGGAAGAAGUCAACGGCCUUGACUUGGAGGACACCUCCUCCUCGGAACACAAUGAGACUCCUCAGGCCAGGAAACAGGAGAGGCCACAAAGAGGCAAAGGUAAAACCAAACUAAGCCAGAUUAAGCCUGGGGACACUUUGCCCAACAGAGCAGAGGAGGAAAGGAACGCAAAAGCUUCCAGGUGGAGGGGCAGGCAGAACCGAGAGAAGCGCUUCACCUUUGUGCUGGCGGUUGUGAUUGGUGUUUUUGUGGUUUGCUGGUUCCCUUUCUUCUUCACCUACACGUUGACUGCUGUUUGUAAGAGCUGCCCCGUGCCUCAUACCCUCUUCAAGUUCUUCUUCUGGUUUGGUUAUUGCAACAGUUCUUUGAACCCUGUCAUCUAUACCAUCUUCAACCACGACUUCAGGAGAUCCUUUAAAAAGAUUCUUUGCAGAAUAGACCGGAAAAGGAUUGUGUGAGGAAUGGAUCCAAGUCUGUUUGCGAGGCUGAUUUUCUUAAGAGAGGCUCAGCUCUGGCUGGGCUUUGGAAGUGGGCGGUGUCAUAUUUGACCUUUGACUCCUUAAGGACUUCAGGUAACAGUGGUGCACAGCCUUGGCCCAAGUGGAGAUGCUUCUGCCCCGUGGUGGAUUUAGAGACUUCUUUGUAGGUAUGGUUUCUACAAAACUACAAGCCUGACUUACUGCAAACUGAAAUGAACCAAUUUGGGAUGUGGAAGGGAAGCAACAAAGAUGAAAACAUAAGUCAUAUAUUUCAGAAGCACUUUUUCUAUUUUUGCCCUUUGGACAAGUUGUCCCUGACAUCCUUGCAGAACGACAGUAUUGCAUCUUUGAGAUCUGUACAUCGUUACUUUUUGUAGGAAAAAACAGCUUUGAAGCAGCUUUAAAUAUUUCUUAAGAACUUGAAAUAUGUGGGGUAGGGAAAUCAAAUUAAAAAAUGCAUCUGAAUGGACCUCUGGAGCCAUCUCAUCAAUCUACAUAAUAGUAUUAAAUACCAGGAUUUCCAAUGUGAUGUUGGAUUUCUGGCUAUAAAAACUGGUAACAUAAGCUUGACAAUGUUUUAGUAUACAUCCUAUAUUUUUUUUAAAACCAUGUGUUGUCUUUUUUAUGUAGUAUUGUUAAAAAGGCUUUAUUUCCUCUUUUGCCAUCAGCUGAAAGAAACAAACAUUAAAAGUUUCACAACUGAGAAACAUAGUACCUCUUAAAAUGAGUUUCUUUUUAACUUGUGAUGCUCAAGACCAAUGGGUUUUUUAAAGAGUUAAGAAAAAUUACUCUUCCUUUGACAUUAGUCCACUGAUAUAUGUUCAGUGCUAACUUAUUUCCCUUACCUGUGACUGUAAAUAGAUAAUAUGAUAGAUGCAAUCCUUUGUUUAACUUUACAAUAUUACCUGAUUUGCAUUGAUUUUUUAUUUGUGCUAGACAUCUGCACAAGAACACUUCUUUCAUGCACAAGGACACUUUGGGGUAUGUGGGGUGUUUUUUUUAAAUAACCAUUCAAAUGAUAGUUUUCAUUCUUCUAACUUCAGGCUUGGUUUAUAAAAAUGUCCUUUGAUUUGUCCUAGGGAAUAACAAAUUAAUGGUGUCAUUCUACACCAUAUGGAAAAAUAUUCACAUUAACACAGGAGAGAAAGAAUUAAUAAUUUGUUAAUCAUCCGCCCCCCCGUAAGUCUACUGCAAAUAAUUUCUUUGUCCUGUAAGACAAGUAUCCUGAAGAUUAUUAAAAGGUGGGAAGGCAACUGAGGACGUCAUUUAAAUAUUAUGAAAAUAUUUUUAUUUAAAUAAAAACUGAUCACAGUAGUUUGUGGUUGGUGAUAGUGGUAAAAACACUUGAAAUUGUAAGGUUGCCUGACUUUCCUUAUUUUACGAGAAGUUCCUUAUUUGGAUGAAUUUGCUCUUUUCCUAAAUAUUUUAUUAUUCUGCAGAACAUUCUUAUUUCAGACCACUCCACUUCCCCUAACUCUGAAAGAACAGGCAUCCAAUCUCAGCAGUGCCUUUUAUAUUUGAACCUGACAGCCCUGUUCAGUUGAACAAAACAGAGCUGUCAAAUGUGAUGCUUCUAGAGGAAGGGAAGGGGAGUUGCUUUUGAAAAUCCAAAGUGUUACUUGUGUACAGCUUUGACAUAGGUUUCUAGUUGGAAAACCUGAUACAAAAAAUUACACAGAGUAUUUUAAAUACAGAGCAUACUUCCUAUUUUUUUUUUUUUAGAAAAGAACAAUUUUCCUGGGAGAGAUGACUCUUCUGUAGAGAAUUGUAGUCUGUUUCUAAAUGUGCACGUGCACAUAAAUGUUUGUGCCAUGGGGCAUGCCAAUGGCCACACCAGCACAGUCCUACAAAAUGAUGAUCCUAUGGGGCCUAUUAUAAUCCUAUUGCAAAGACAAUUCAAGCUGCAUUGACACCAUACACUUAAAGCACAUUUUUGCCUCCCCAAAGAAUCCUGGGAACUGUAGUUUGUUCAGGGUGCAGGGAAUUAUAGCUCUGUGGGGGGUAAGCUACAGUUUUCAGGAUUCUUUGAGGGAGGGAGGAAAUGUGCUUCAAAUAUAUGGUGUGUACACAGCCACAGUUUAACAAUGCCAAGACAAAAUGUCUAGAAAUGUAUCAGAAUUCUGGAUUGGUAUUUGUUUUUCCCUUUAUUUUUUAAACAGUGUGAUAAUACUUCUUGGCAGCAAGAUGCAAUUAUAAAUAAAGAUUCCACUGUCAUAAUCUGUGUGAUUUCCCCCACUCAUUACAGCUACUACAAUCUGACAUGUCUGAAUCUUAAUUUUUCACUGUUUACUGUACAAAGAAGAGGAUUAGACAUAGAGAAAUUUUACUUUCUGUUUUAGGUAAACUGCCUGCUUCCUGCCUCUGUCCUAUGACAUCUUGUGUUAGCCGAAUAAGGUAUUUUAUCUGAGGCACAUUACAUCACCAUAGCCUCUUGGUUCAUGCUUUUAUAUGAGUGUUCCAGAGCAGACUGGCCACUUUAGAACUGGGAUACUAGCCUCUGACAGUUUCCGGCUUGCAAGGAGUUCAACUGGAUAACUAGAAUUCAUUUAGUAAACAUGUUGUAAUGGCCUGGGGAAAUUUUUUUAAUAAGAGAUCCUCUUUUCCCAGUCCCUGGUUUGUCUUGAAACAUUCUUAAAAAUGGAAAAUACAGUAUUUUGAAUCUGCUUCUUUGAUACCAGAACAGUAAGAAAGCUACAAGGCUUUGAUCCAGAAAAAGUUAAAUGUAUUUCAGUCUCAGUUAGUUGGUACACCUAAAUUGUCUCUAGCUUCUGCACACAUGCCUGGAUGCAGUGAUUUCUUAUGAGUAUGGUAUAGCUGUAGUUUAUAUAUGGCGCUCUAGUUCAAAUGCAGAGCUCCCUUACCCAUCAAAGGUGCUCUGAUAUUUCCAACAGGAGAAGGAAUUUUGUAUCCCUGUAUGUUCUACUUCCAUUGACAUUUACAGGGUUGGCCACAUCCAGGAGCUCUGUGCCUAUGUGUGAUGAAACACUCAUGAGACUCUUCUUUUGGGGUGAUAAUUUUUAAGGCAGGAUAAAUCACAGUGUUUUAGACAGUUAAUCAGGAGUAGCAUAAGUAAGAAGUUAACUAACUUUUGCCAGAAGAUUGUUUGAAGAAUUGCCUAUUUUUAGGAUUUCACUGUUAAGUUAAUGUAUACAUUCCUGAAACAAAUGGAAAAUAUUUUACCUUGGGAAAAAUACUGAUUUUUCUGGAAUGUGUUUUUGAAAUUUUAAUUGCGUCUGGUGCAGUCAUCUUAUCAAUGACAUGCCAUUUGUGCUUUUUAAGAGAAUGAUACAUGUAAACUGAUAUG